AUGGCACCCUCCAAAGCCCCCAAAUUCGAAAUCAAGACCCCUAAGGGUACCCGUGACUGGUCCGGGCCGGACAUGGUGCUCCGAGAGAAGAUCUUCAAGACCAUCACCGACGUAUUUAAGCGCCACGGAGGCGUCACUAUCGACACUCCCGUCUUUGAGCUGAAGGGGAAAUAUGGCGAGGAUAGCAAGCUUAUUUAUGACCUGGCGGAUCAGGGUGGUGAGCUUUGUAGCUUGCGAUAUGACUUGACCGUCCCCUUCGCCCGGUACCUCGCGAUGAACAAGGACGUCACCCAGAUCAAGCGUUAUCACCUCGCAAAGGUCUAUCGCCGGGAUCAGCCCGCCGUGAAGAAGGGCCGCAUGAGAGAGUUUGGCGUCUAUGACCCCAUGAUUCCCGACGCCGAAAUUAUCCGGAUCAUCAACGAAGUCUUCGAGGGCCUUGGCUGGCAAGGGAAAUACACCAUCAAGCUGAACUCCCGCAAGAUCCUCGACGGUCUCUUCCAGGUGUGCGGCGUGCCAGACGAGAUGAUCCGCCCCAUCUCAUCUUCCGUGGACAAGCUAGACAAGAUGCCAUGGGAUGAUGUCAGGAAGGAGAUGGUCGACGAGAAGGGUCUGGCUCCGGAAGCCGCGGAUAAGAUUGGGAAGUACGUGUUGCUCAAGGGCAAGCGAGAUCUUCUGGAGAAGUUGAAGCAAGACGACGAGCUGGCUGCGAACGCAUCUAUGCAACAGGGGUUCACCGACAUGGAUUUGUUGUUUACUUACCUCGAAGCUUUCGGUGCCGACCACACCGUGUCCUUUGAUCUGUCACUAGCAAGAGGUCUCGACUACUACACCGGCGUUAUCUACGAGGUCGUAACAGAAGGCUCGGCCCCCGCUAUCUCUGCCUCAGAAGGUGCCCAGGGGAAGCCACCUAAGAAGAAGGGUGGCAAAUCCGGUGACCAAGACGAAGACCGCUCUGACGACCCAACUCUCGGGAUAGGGUCUGUUGCUGCUGGUGGCAGAUACGACAACCUGGUCGGCAUGUUUUCCGGCAAGACUCAGGUGCCAUGCGUUGGUAUCAGCUUCGGGAUUGACCGCAUUUUCUCCAUCAUCUCCGCCUCACAAAAGAAGAAGGAGAGGAAGAAUGAGGUCGAUGUCUUUGUCAUGGCGUUUGGUGGUGGUAAGGACUUUACCGGGCUGUUAAAGGAGAGGAGCGAGAUUUGCGCCCGGCUGUGGGAUGCGGGGAUCAAGGCCGAGUUCCUGUACAAGGUGAAACCCAAGCUACCGAACCAGUUUAAGGCGGCUGAGGGCAACGGUGUGCCGUUUGCUCUCAUUCUGGGAGAGGACGAGCUUGCCCAGGGCCAAGCGAAGAUCAAGGAAAUGGGGCUGCCAGAUGACCACCCACUCAAGGAGGGAGAGCUCAUCAGCCUGGAUAACCUCGCGGAGGAGGUUCAAGCACGGAUCUCGCGGAAGCACCAGCUGGACACGAUCACAGCGCAGGCCGAGGGCCUCAAGGUCGUGGGUGGGGUCAAGGGUGAGGAGGUCAAAGCUGAAGUUGAGGCGGCUGAGAAGACAACGACGGAGUAA